CCCGACCAAUUACUUAAGCCUAAAAGCAGCGGUCCCGUUUCUGUGGGACACAAAAAGCCUGGGAUGUGCCAGCUAAAAUGAGAGAUUUUGGUGUACAGCACCCAGAAGUGAACAGGCUGACCCGGAAGCUGUGUGGUCUGGAGGCGCAUAGAGAACAUCCAGCCUCUUCUCUGCUUUAUUAAAGCCUCUCCUGCGAGGAAAAAAACACUCUGACAUCGAUAUAAAAGAAAGAUGGCAGAGCCUCGAUUCAAUAAUCCGUAUUUCUGGCCACCUCCUCCCUCAAUGCCUGGUCAACUGGAUAACCUGGUUCUUAUCGACAAGAUCAAAGAGCAACUGAUGGCAGAAAAAAUCAGACCUCCGCAUUUGCCGCCCACCACUGUUCCCUCUCAGCAGACUCUGCUGGUGGCCUCUCCACCUUCAGAUGGUGGGCAGCAUGUGAUGUCUAUCCCCAAGCUGCAGCAGGUGCCGGGUCUUCAGGCUCACAACUCCUCUCAGCCUGACAUCGCCCUGCACGCCCGCCCAGCAUCCAGCACCAUCGCAGAGCUGAGUAUAGAUGACAAGUCUUCGGUGAAAGCAAAGGGGCUGUGGGAAGAUUGGCAUAUGCGACAAGCAGUGGACCAAGCCUCUAGAGUGAACCAUCGCUCAGGUCUCAUGCUGUCAUCCCGCACAGAAAGCCACAUCACCUCUGAGGCUAUAACUCCCACAACCCCGACGUCCAGCAGCCAGAACCGCUUGGGCGGCGCACCUUCCUUAAACACCAUUUCCGGCUUAGCCAGCGGUCCUGGCAUGGAGCACGUGAAAAGUGGAGGUCUGGUGGGGAUGCUGGGACCACAGCCCAAAGCUCCAAGGGGCCGCAAGAAGAUUAAAGCAGAGAACAACACGGGCCCGUUGCUGGUGGUACCCUACCCGCUUCUGGCCUCGGGCCCCGACCAGGCGGUAACCAUCGCCAAAGAGGGAAAAACAUACAGGUGUAAAGUGUGUCCCCUCACUUUCUUAAACAAGUCGGAGAUGCAGAUCCAUUCCAAGUCCCACACGGAGGCCAAACCCCACAAGUGCCCUCACUGUUCAAAGUCAUUCGCCAACGCCUCAUACCUAGCACAGCACUUACGUAUUCACUUAGGCAUUAAACCCUACCACUGCUCCUAUUGCGAGAACUCUUUUCGUCAGUUAUCACACCUCCAGCAGCACACCAGGAUUCACACUGGUGACAGACCAUAUAAAUGUGCCCAGCCAGGAUGUGAAAAGGCAUUCACACAACUCUCAAACCUACAGUCUCACCAGAGACAACAUAACAAAGACAAGCCAUACAAGUGUCCGAACUGCUACCGCGCAUACACAGACUCAGCCUCCUUACAGAUCCAUCUCUCCGCACACGCCAUUAAGAACGCUAAAUCGUACUGUUGCAGCAUGUGUGGUCGCGCGUACACCUCAGAGACCUACCUUAUGAAGCACAUGUCCAAACACACCGUGGUGGAGCAUCUGGUCAGCCACCAUUCACCACAGAGGACAGAAUCUCCCAGCAUCCCCAUACGCAUUUCACUUAUUUGAGCUUCCUCCCUCGUGUUUCUCUUCCAUUACAAGGUAUUUUGUUCGCCGCGAUGGUCUUCCGUUAAAAAAACAAAAACACGAUAAGUGUUGAGAGACCUCGGAGGACAUUUGAGUGAUUUAUCUUCGCCCCUUUAGCUCUUAGUCAUAUAAAGCCUACUACAGGUCACAGACUCGACAACUGCUGUCAACUCCAGACGCCAGUCUAAAGGAAUUGAAUCGAUUUUUCCAAAACAAGAAUGAGUUGUGAUCAUUUAACAUUUCGUUUCAAAGGUGUGUAAAGGGAGACUUCCAAAGAUACUCUUUAAGCACUUUUCAGCCUCGUGGUUUUGGCUCAAAGUUGAAUGAAUCUUUUACAGUAUGGGAGCGGCUUCUCGCUUUGGGCAGCUAUGAGAGUUUCGAUUUAGUUUUGACAGGAUAUUGCGUUUUAUUUUACUGUGGAUGUGACACUUCUUCCGCUUUAAGCAUCUAUUAUUCUUUAAGGUCACGGUCGAGGAGUGAAAGGUUACUUUUUGGGUUCUGUGUGCCGUGACACAGUUGCGGUAAGGUCAGUUCUGUGGAUUUUAUAAGCACCGUCAUUACUUGAGUAUUUUGUACUUUUAAAGGUGAAGGAAUUCCAAGAAAUCCCCCGCUAACAUAACAGAGUGUCAGUAAGAUACAACACUCUCUAAACAAAUGAGUUGCGUUAGUUGCAUCAUAGAUGUUUUACUUUUUGCGACAAGGCCUUUUUUUGUGUGCAAUGCGAAUUUAAUCCCUUCCAAUCACAGUAUUUCAAGGAAAAAGUGCCCUUUUUGUCAUUUUUUUUAAUUAAAUGGCAUAAUUGCAGAAUGGCAAUGUCCAUCAAAUGGAUUUUUGUCACGAUGUAACUGAAGAAGUGUCACACAGGUUCAGCUUUUUCUAACUGAACCGCACAAUUAGGAUGUAGCGUGACCUCUGAACCCCGUUAAGUGUUAACGCCCUCUAUUCUUCUCCACAUAACACCCUGAGACAUUGAGUUACACCGAUGGAAAGUGUUCAUGGUUUUUUUGGGGGGGUUUUUUUGAUUAUGAUGUAAUCAAAAGCAGUGGCCUAUUUUGAAAUGUUUAUAUUCAUCAGAUUAGAAUCUCGUAUACCAAAAUAUCAGUAAUCACGUUUUAAGAAAAUCAAGUCAAAAAAAAAAAAAGCUCAUUUUGAAUGUAGUCGUGCGUUUCUGUUAUAUAAGUUCAUCCAAAAGUAAUAACUCCUCAAAUCUGGUAUGUUUAACAGAUUUUUUUAAUACAUAUAUAUAUAUAUAUAUAUAUAUAUAUUUUGCUCAAACCAGCAUACAAGCUGAAAAAACAUUUUAACAGUAGUGGAUAGCAUUAUUCUUACUGAGUUAAAGCACGUGUGGUCUAUUGAAACGUUUGAGCCAAAUUUGAUCAUCAUACGUGAUCAUACUUGCCGUAUGUGAUUUCAACAGGCCACUGCAGCUCUACAACAUUCAUUUCUUUUUGUGGUCAUUUAUACCAGUCAUUUGUUAAGCUCACUAUUAUUAUUUUUUUUUCAUUCAUGUAUAUUUAGAAAACUAAAAAAGGACCAAGCUUUCGCUCUCAAAUUUCCCUAAAAUACAUAUAUAAUUGUGAUUAUAUAUACAGUUUAGCUGAUUUGUCAUGAAGUAAUGGUUUACUGGGUCACACAGAAUUUUUUUUUUUGUCUGUAAUAUUUGGGAAUAUGACCAAUCAGCGUCACAGUUUUAGAUAACAGCAAUUUGAUGAGGAUCUACUUCUUGGUGCUUUCUACAAAACCUCAGCUCAUUGCCGGGAAUAGAUUAUUACAUUACAGUAUAAUCUUGGAUUGUUCAUCCCUCAAAUCCACUUUAAAUCAGUAAGAUGUGUACAUUUACUAUAAAAUAUACCCUGUAUUCAUCAUUAAUAGUGCAAAUUAAGGUUUAGAUACUGUACUUUGUUCAUUUUUGUAUCUGUUUAGUAUAUUUCAACUUAUUAAUAUUUGUUUUUCUGUAAGUACUGAUCAUUGUUUUUAUAGGUAUCCUUGUCAUCUUUAUGUGUACGCCUUAAUUUGAUCAUCGCUGAAAGACCGGUUUCUUUCUCUUUCUCCCUUCAUGUCAGUGUUUUUCAGUAUUUGGUUUUCUUAAGCCUUUUUUCCGCAUGGAACACAGUACUCGUUAUUAAUUAACUGUUAACAUGUAUCAUGUAAGACAUUGUUAUGUAUGUUCUGAAAUAAUUCACGUUUUCCUUCGUCUUGCAUUGUGGUUCCACAUAAUGAUUUCGUUUAAUAUGCACAGACAAGACUGAUAGGUGAAUUAAGAAAAUAUCAAUGUCAAGAACACUUUGUAUCUUUAUCUUGUUUAUUAAAUUCAGACUGUUAUACCUGA